CUCUCCUGGGCGGAUCGGAGUGGAAGUCGGAAAAGCAUUAGUCAGAACCGCCGUUGCCGUGAUUGGGUAGAUAUCUCUCAAGUCUUAAUACGAUUCUUUCGCUGCUGUCGUGGACUUCGAUCAAAUACAGCUCUGUUUCGUUCCAGACUUCCAUUGAGUUUGGUCUUUGUCUUUCUCUAUUCAGUCAACUAUAUAGCGAAGUAGAAGAGGCUAGUUGGAGGAAUCGGAGGCGGCGGCGGUGGUGGUAGUUGGUGGUGAUGGCGCCGAGCACAAUCAGGAAGGCGAUUGGAGCUGUUAAGGAUCAGACUAGUAUCGGACUAGCAAAGGUUGCUAGUAAUACGGCACCGGAAUUGGAGGUUGCCAUUGUGAAGGCCACGAGCCAUGAUGACGAUCCGGCUGAUGAGAAGUAUAUCAGGGAGAUCUUGAAUCUUACUUCCUAUUCGACAGGUUAUGUGAACGCAUGUGUUUUUAUGGUGUCGAAGCGGCUCGGCAAGACUCGGGAUUGGAUCGUGGCACUCAAGGCACUGGUGCUUGUUCAUCGGCUGUUAGCUGACGGAGAUCCUGUGUUUCAGCAGGAGAUCCUUUACGCCACCCGGCGAGGGACGCGCCUUCUUAAUAUGUCUGAUUUUCGAGAUGAGGCUCAUUCUCAUUCAUGGGAUUAUUCGGCUUUUGUUCGGACUUACUCGAUGUAUCUCGAUCAGCGUCUCGAGUGUAUAAUGUAUGAGCGGAAACAGCCAGGAAACGGUGGCGAAAAUGAUCGAUUUGGGAAGCGAGGAAGCGGUGGCGAAGAUGAUCGAUUUGGGCAGCGAGAGGAUCGACUUAGGUCUCCACCCUCACGGUAUGAUUAUGAUUAUGGAGAGUUUAGAGAUGAACCGAGCUAUGGUGGAGGUGUUGGUGGUGGUGGCUAUGGGAUGCGUCGGUCGAGAUCUUACGGUGAUGUGAACGAAUCGAAACGGGAGGAAAAGAGGCCACCUACUCCACUCAGGGACAUGAAACCCGAGAGGAUUUUGGGUAAGAUGAGUCAGCUUCAACGACUUCUUGAUCGGUUCUUGGCUUCUCGUCCCACGGGCUUGGCUAAGAACAAUAGAAUGGUGCUUAUUGCUCUGUACCCCAUAGUUAAGGAGAGUUUCCAGCUCUAUACGGAGAUCUGUGAGACGUUGGCUGUGUUGCUUGAUAAGUUCUUUGACAUGGAAUACCCUGAUUGUGUGAAAUCAUUUGAGGCCUAUGCUAGUGCCGCGAAGCAGAUUGAUGAGCUUGUAGAUUUCUAUGGGUGGUGCAAGGACGCAGGGGUUGGAAGGUCCUCGGAGUUCCCAGAGGUGCAGAAGAUUACAGACAAGCUCCUGGACACACUGGAGGAGUUUAUGAGGGACAGAGCAAGGAGGCCCAAGAGCCCGGUGAGGGUCCUGGAGGAGACACCGCCACUUGCUCUGGAGGAGGCCGCACCUAAUAUGAAUGAAAUAAAAGCACUCCCUCCACCUGAGAAUUACACUCCGCCACCACCUGAGCCUGAGCCUGAGCCUGCGCCGAAACCACAAGCACCACCACCGGCACCGGUCACACAAGAUUUGGUGGACCUAAGGGAUGACGGUGUGUCUGCCGAAGAUCAGAGCAACAGGUUGGCUUUGGCUCUGUUUUCUGGACCGGUUAAUGGCAAUGCAAAUGGGUCUUGGGAAGCCUUCCCAUCAAACGGAGCUGCAGGGGAGCCUGAAGUGACCUCUGCCUGGCAGACCCCGGCAGCUGAACCUGGAAAGGCGGAUUGGGAAUUGGCUUUGGUAGAAACGGCAAGCAACCUAACUAAACAGAAAGCCACAUUGGCAGGUGGGUUUGAUCCUUUGCUACUAAACGGCAUGUAUGAUCAAGGGAUCGUGAGGCAGCACAUGAGCACCGCCCAAGUGACCGGAGGGAGUGCGAGCAGUGUGACACUGCCUGGGCCUGGGAAGAGUGCAACACCGGUGCUGGCCCUUCCCGCCCCAGACGGGACAGUCCAAACAGUGGGUCAAGACCCAUUCGCAGCAUCGCUAAACUUUCCACCCCCAUCAUUUGUGCAGAUGUCAGACAUGGUGACCAAACAGCAGUUGCUUAUGCAGGAGCAGCAGCUUUGGCAGCAAUAUGCAAGGACUGGGAUGCUAGGCCAAGCCAGCUUGGCCAAGAUCAGUGGUACUGGCUAUGUCGCCGGUCCAGCACCCAUGAUGCCAUAUGGAAUGCCACCGGCGGUCAAUGGCAUGGGAUCCGGCGGGUACUACUAUACACCCUAUUGAGAUUGAGAUUGAGAUUUGUUACCCAUGUAUGAAUUGAUGUGGCAACUUUUUUGCAUUUUCUUUUUCCUGUUCCUUUCACUUAAUUAUGUUUAUUUCUGUAA